AACCCCGUCGCUGACUGUUGGACACCGGUAGCCUAAACUUUAAAGGAUUUUUCAACCAAACUCUCUCUUCUGGAGAAUCGAUUAACCAAGAAAAAACUAAUUGCAGAAGAGUUUGUUUUCACGACGAACCGUCAAAUUAAGCUGACUUUGAAGAUGAACAUCCAAAACGGCAGUGAUUUAGACAGACCUGAAGGAAACAUAGGCUUAGAGGCACCUGAAAAAACCUUAUUUGGAAUCGGCACCGACAACUUCGUCACGCUUCUGAUCUUUGGACUCAUCUUUUCUCUAGGGGUCCUGGGAAACUCUCUGGUUAUCACUGUUCUGGCUCAACGCAAACCUGGACAGCAACGAAGCACCACCAACAUCUUCAUCCUCAACCUCAGUGUGGCAGAUCUGUCCUAUCUGCUCUUCUGCAUCCCCUUUCAGUCAACCGUUUACAUGCUGCCCACAUGGAUCCUGGGUGCCUUCAUUUGCAAGUUCAUCCACUACUUUUUCACAGUGUCCAUGUUGGUGAGCAUCUUCACCUUAUCAGCCAUGUCGGUGGACAGGUAUAUCGCCAUAGUGCACUGCAGAAAAUCCUCAUCCAUUCGAGUUGAGAGGCAUGCAUUAAUCGGGGUGCUGAUCAUAUGGGCGCUCUCUUUCGCCAUGGCCACUCCGGUUGCCUACUAUCAGGGUAUCGUGGAAAGUGAUGACAACAGCACGUUUUGCUGGGAAGUGUGGCCAGAUCACAGCAGGAGGAAAAUCUACGUCGUGUGCACUUUUGUCUUUGGAUAUGUGCUGCCGUUGAUUCUGAUAUCUUUCUGUUAUGCUAAGGUCCUGAAUCAUUUGCAUAAAAAGUUAAGAAAUGUCUCCAAAAAGUCGGAGGCAUCAAAAAAGAAGACUGCUCAGACAGUUCUGGUGGUUGUGGUGGUCUUCUGCCUGUCCUGGUUGCCUCAUCACGUGGUGCACCUGUGGGUCGAGUUUGGCUCCUUCCCCCUGAACCAGGCAUCCUUCGUGCUCCGCGUGGCGGCUCAUUGUCUGGCCUACAGCAACUCGUCUGUUAAUCCUGUUAUUUAUGCGUUCCUCUCGGAGAACUUCAGGCAGGCGUAUAAGCAGGUUUUCCGUUGUCAGGUGGCUUCUGAGUGCCCUACAAAUGAGGCAAGAGAGAUGAAGGCAGCACCAUCCACCAACUGCACCACUGUGUAAUUCCUGCAGCUGUUAAGUUUGUCGUCAUUUAUGAUAGCUUAAAAAUGACUUAAAGCUGAGUUUUUAAGCUUGGGAGAAGGCAAGAA